CCAUUUCCUGUAACCUGAAAUUUUAAUUAAAGUGUUUCACGUUACUUGGCAACUGCAAGCACACUACAACAUGGCUAAAGUUAUUGUUCAGCGACGUCCGAAAACGUUAUGGGAAGAAGUAUGUGAAGAAUUUGAAGCAUCAUGUCCCUCUUGUCCAGAAGAAGCUGCAUCAGACAAAGCGUCCAUCGCAACCAUUAUGACACAGUACAGUCCAAGCAAGCAUUCACCCGUGUUUUGUGGUCACAUGGUAGCAAAGAUCCCUGUGGACACAGCUGUAUUUCAAGACUUUGAGCCAGAGAAGUCACACCCUGCAUUUGCUGGCUAUGCUGUUGUAGAAAAACCAGCUCCAGUUCCGCGUACUGUACAACUGCCUGACCCUAAAACAUGCUCUCCACGAGAAUAUCUUGAGCAUUUCAUAUUUCCAGUCCUGCUUCCUGGAAUGUCUGAGAUGAUUCAUCAAGCUAAAAAAGAAAAAUGCUUUGAGAGGAAGCAAACAAUAUUCAAUGCCUGCGAUUACCUGACAGAAUGGUUAUACAACAAGAACCCAAAAAGAAAAGAACAACCACCCAAAGAUCUUUUUGAAAUUCCGUUUGUAAAGGACUGGCUGAAAGACCACCCUAGGCCACCAAUACCUCUGUGUUUACUGUUGUCUGAGGAUGCUGCGGCUAUCAUUGUACAGUCACACUGGAGAGGAUAUCAGGUGCGAUGUGAUCCUGAGGUGCAAGAACUCCGUCAGUGGCAAAAACAACUUAGAGAAGAAAGCAAAGAUAUUAAUAAGAAGGUGCAAGAUUUCUGGCUCAAACAGGAAUCCAGAGUUGGUCAGGUCCUGGAAGACUUUGAUGAAGACUCAACACCUAAUCACUCCGGGAUAUCAAUACAAGUAUUGUCUGCAACCCCACAGAAUGCAUUACAUUAAUUUUCUGAACUAACCUUGUUCUUGUUAUUGCUGAGACAUGUUUUAAUAAAGUCAGUAAAUAAUCAAA